AUGGACGUCCAGACAAAGGACGAGCAGCACCCCUCAGUCGCAGUCGAAGACGAGAAUGCUGGAUAUUCCAGUCCCUCUGACGAGGGAGAUCCGAUUUCGCCUCACCGCCGCUUAGCAACCAUCUACGACGCCGUCGCGGGCAGGGUCACCAAAGAUACGGCUCUCAGAAAUGAGAGAUCAGAUCAAAACAACUCAUAUAGGCGCUCCCACCAACGGCAGGAACAGCAACCCAGAGUUACAAGGCACCCUACUCAUGGCACACCCAUAGCGCCCGACGAGGUGCUCUUCCGUCGCAAAGAGGCGCCGGUGCGGUAUGUUGAGCACGACGUGUACAACGCGCACGAGAGGGACCUGCCACAAGGCGGAAGGGACAUUCUGCCCGACAGCGAUCUUCUCAAGUCGGUCCAUGCGUACGCCAGCAAGUUCUAUGGAGCCAUGGAACGAAGGAGGAGCGAGAUGAAUCAGGGAGCUGAGGCAGGGGCAGGCAAUAGCAGCAGCAUCAUGGGAAAACGAGGCGUUGACGAACAGAGCUUGGACGAAACCGCUCUGCUCGCCUUUGGGAUCUUGCUCGAAGAAGCCAGCAGGGAGAUCCUUGGACAACGGGGUGAUUUGGUAUUUACAGAGGGCAUUGUUGGGGCGGACGCUUCAAGCGGAGAUGAAGGGGCGCAGCGUGCAGAGUCGACGGUUGGCUACCACGACGUCAGGUCGUCGUUGGCAAUGGCGACCAGUGAUUACAAUUCUGUCGCCGGAAGGAGAUUGGCAAAGAGGAGGAGAUUGGCGGACUCGGGGUGA